AUGAGACAUUUUGAAAAUCUCCCUGAUGAAAUCAAGAUUCAUAUUUUUAAAUAUGUUACCCAUCCAAGAAAUUUAGCAUUAUGCUGCAAAAUUUGGUCCGUCAUUGCUAGAGAUAGCCAAGCUAGAUCAGAAUGGAUUAUAUUUAAUUAUGGUCGGGCUCAUGCUAUUUUCUAUGCCAUUAAGUUAGGACCAUCAUUUAUUAAUCUUUCUGUUGCUCAAGCUAUUAUUGCAAGACGCGGAAUUCUUUCAAGAUACUUGAUUCAAAAGCUCCUUAUGAACUAUGGUACAUGUGAUCCAAAAUUAAUUGAAUUCAAAAUUGCUCAUAACAUUGGGCAAAUCGACGCUGAGCGGAUCAAGUCAAUUAAAGAAGUUCCUUGGGCGAGCAAUUUACCAAUAUCAGUCUUUACUUAUUUUUUAACUGAGAUUUCAAAUCAAUUAAACUCUCAUGAUAUUUAUAUUAAAAGUAAUGAUAUGGAACUUUUUCAUUUUCUCACUGCUGGCCCGCACAUAAUAAGUGAUGCUCCAAAAAUUCUAAAAAAAAAUAUUGAUGCUAUCAAAGAUUUGAUUUUGAAUAACAAAUUUUUCCCAUUUCCGCCAAGGCCUUCUGGAAAAUUUUGUUUACCCGAAGAAUAUCCUUCUAAAGAUGGCUAUGAAAAUAAUCGUCAACUUAAUGUUAUUGCACGAGCAAUCCUGAUCCACAAAGAUUUAGUUAAUAUGUGGAAAAAGAUUGGUUAUCAUGAAAUCUGUAAGGACGUAAAUAAUCUAGUUAUACAAGGUUCCAUUCUUAUACUUUUUCCACCGAUCGCUUCUGCAGAUUGGAUUCAACCAGAUACUAAAGCCGUCAAUGAUCGACUUGUGGAACUAAUUGAUCUUGGUUUUGAAUUAAAUUAUAGUGUUAUUGGCGACAUUCUUUACCUGUUCGAACGUAAAUUAGAUGAUAUUGGUGAAAUACUGGUGGAAUCCUUUAUGCAAAUCAACAAAGAAUCACGAGAAAGUUUCGCGUAUCAUUGCCUUAUUGAAUCUUUAAAAAUUGGACGUAAUUUAACUAAAUUUUAUGUUUGGGAUUUUCUCUAUGCAUUCACAAAGGAUAUUUCUGAAAAUUUAUUUAUGAAAGCACUUGAUCACUAUUUAAAUAAUUACACAAUCAUUCCUAAUAAACAUCUUUCAUUACCAAUAAAAUUUUAUGAAUGGGCUCUUAUAAAUUUUGGAGUAGACUCUCAAAUUACAGAACGCUGUUUUGAUGACAUUUUAUCUGCACGUGUUUAUAUAGACCUACAGCUACAACAAUAUCCAAACAUGGAAAUCCCUAUUGGAAUGAAUAAACAUGUGUUUCAAGCAACUUGUAAUAUCUUUAAAAUUUAUUGUAACGCCAAAAAUUUCUACAAACCGUCGCAUUUAGGCAUAGUCUCUCAAUGUGCAAGUAUGGAUAUUCUAGCACCAUUGUUUAAGCAUUAUCUACCAGCAUUAUUUAAUUUACAAAUUACUUUUGAAUUACCGAUGAUAAUUGAAGUCAUAAAUAGUGCAAAUGAACAUUAUCAGAAUACGUUUUCUAAACUUACUGCUAAAAUAAAUAGAGAUAGGCAUAUAAUAGAGGAGUGGAAUCAAACAUUGCAUGAUAUAUUGAUGAAUAAUUCAAAUAAUUCAAACAAUUCAACCAUUGCAUUUAAGAAUUACCUUCGUGAAUUCAUCGAAAUCAGCUAA